GGUUGCAGCAAAACCAUGGGCAGUUUUCUUUUUUUCUUUUCUGUCAGCAAGAAAUUAAAUCUGCUAAACUCAAAACCGGCUGCUACGCUCUCUGUUUUUUUGAAGAAGGAGAUAAAAUAAAGCUGUGCAGGGACCCUGUUGAUUGUUACAGCACGAUUUCAAUUUUCGAGUAUGUUUAUUUUCUCUAUCGCCUUUUCAGUUCGUAGUUAGAAGCUUUUCUUUGGGUAGUGGGGUAAGGGAGUUGUCUUCUCAAAUGGGUUUUCCUCUGUUUUAAUGUCGAAGCAGAAAUUAGAGAGUAAUAGCCAAUGACAUUGUUAGUAACUGGGAGUUUGUGUUUAGAAUAUCUGGUAAAUUUUUUUCUGUGUGGAGUCAGAUUUUCAGGUUAAUGGAACCCAAUGGUUUGCCCGGUGGGAUUUUUUCUGGAAUUGGUGCAGGAAUGUUAGGUCUUGAAAUGCCACUUCAUCCUCAACAAAACCCUCAAAACCCUCAUCACUUACAGCAGCAUCAACAAAUGGUUUCCUACGCCCCCCAUGAUGCUGAUCAUCCUCAACAGACCCAGCAAUCGAUUAAACAAGGAUACCCAUAUGGCCAAAAGCCCAAACAAGCAUCGUUAUUAAGCGAUGAAGAUGACCACGGGUUCAAUCCCGACGAUAGUACAGGUGAUGGGAAGAGGAAAAUCUCGCCAUGGCAGAGAAUGAAAUGGACUGACAGUAUGGUCAGGCUUCUGAUAAUGGCGGUUUACUAUAUCGGAGACGAAGCUGGAUCUGAAGCAAAUGAUAAGAAAAAAGAUGGUGCGUUGUUGCAGAAGAAAGGGAAAUGGAAAUCUGUGUCGAGAGCUAUGAUGGAGAAAGGGUUUUAUGUCUCGCCACAACAGUGCGAGGAUAAAUUUAAUGAUUUAAACAAGAGGUAUAAGAGGGUUAAUGACAUUCUUGGAAAGGGAACAGCUUGCCGUGUUGUGGAGAAUCAAAGCCUGUUAGAAACAAUGGAUUUGUCGCCGAAAAUGAAGGAGGAAGUCCGUAAAUUGCUUAAUUCUAAGCAUUUGUUCUUCAGGGAGAUGUGUGCUUAUCACAACAGUUGCGGCCAUGGCGCUGCAACCACCGUCGUCGGCGGGCCUAGCGGCGCCAAUGGCUCAUCGUCGGUUCAGAAUGACGCAUCUCAGGUUCAGCACCAGCAAUCCCAACAACAACGACAGCGGUGUUUGCACUCGUCGGAGAACGCUCAUUCGAGCAGAAGCGAAGCAGAUGGGUCGAAAAUGGGAAGAACCGGGAGCGAGGAAGACGACGAUGAGGAAGAUGACACCGAGGAUGACGAUGACGAGGAAGACGACGAAGAAGAAGGAAACUCCAGGGGUCAAAACGGGCAUCGACACGAAGAUCACGACAACGAGGAUAACAAGUUUUCGUCUAAAAGGCAACGAAUAAUAGGACCCUUGUCCUCCCCUCAAUCGCCAUUGAUGCAGCAAUUGAGCUCCGAGGUGACGAGUGUGAUCCAAGACGGAACGAGAAACGGGUGGGAGAAGAAGCAAUGGUUGAAGAUGAGGUUGCUGCAGCUCGAGGAACAGCAAGUGAGCUACCAGUGCCAGGCGUUCGAGCUAGAGAAGCAGAGGCUCAAGUGGGUGAAGUUCAGCAGCAAGAAGGAGAGAGAAAUGGAGAGAGCGAAACUGGAGAAUGAGAGAAGAAGACUCGAGAGUGACAGAAUGGUUUUGCUGGUUCGACAGAAGGAACUGGAAUUGCUUCAUGUUCAACACCAUCAUCAUCAUCAUCAACAGCAGAAUUCUUCAAACAAGAGAAGCGAUCCAUCGUCAGUCACUGGUUGAUUUACGUAAAUUAAUUGUGUUAAUAUACCAAGAGAGAUGAUGUAAGGAUCAACAUAAGUUUCUUUAUUGAUAGAGUAGUUACGUCUUUCUCUCUUGGUUAAUAAUAAAUUUAUUUUUGCUCA